AUGCGGUUUGAGAUGAUCAUCAAGGGCUCGAGGCUUCCUUUCGCCCAGUAUAUCAACGGUUUGACCUUGUUUGACUUAUCGUCAAACUUGCUUGAGGGCGGGAUCCCGGACGAUAUUGGUCUGCUUGUGGGCAUGAAGUACUUGAACCUUUCGUUCAAUGGGCUGACUGGCAGUAUCCCCCUGGCAUUGACCAGGCUCGUCAAGCUCGAGUCUCUCGACUUGUCGAGCAACAAGCUCCAGGGAACCAUCCCGGCCCAGAUCAGUGACUUGAGCCAGCUUGGAAGUUUCAACGUUUCUCACAACCAUCUCAGUGGAAGGGUUUUGGCAUCAGAGCUCUUCUACACCAAGUUCGGCCCCAGUUCUUUCGAGGGAAACAAUCUUUGUGGAGGAUCUUAUCCGUUGCAACCCUGUUCCAACACUUCUACUUCUACUCAAGCUGGCCGUGAGACGUCUUGGCUCUCCGAGAAUGUGUCCAUGAAAGGCUUCUUGCUUGGCGCUCUUCUGGGUUUCUUGGGUACAAUCCAUUUGGUGGUUUUUGUAGACUGGAAGCAACGCCUGCAGCAAAUCAAUUGGAUCAUCAACCAUAUAUCUAAGCCUCGCCGCUGA